AUGCCCAACAAGCGUAAGGGGAGCGUCUCGCGGAGAACAGAACAGCGUGUAGUGGAGGAGGACGCUCUCUCGCAAGGUAGCAAUGCUAGUAGCACUAGCAACAUGGAAGACGAACCAAAGAUAGGAAGUGGUGAUGGUGCCAACUUUGAUCUAAUCCUAAAAGAGCUCCGUGAGUUCAGACGGGAGAACAAGGAGCAGUUCGACAAUAUAAGAGAGGACAUAAACGGCAUCGCCAAGAGGAUGGACGAAGCGGAGGAACGAAUAAUGGAGGCGGAGACUAGCAUACAGGCUUCGGAGGAGAUGCUACUGGAGUUAGCAAAGCUCCAAACCCAAGUUGAAGCUAAGUUGACGGAUCUGGAGGGGCGCUCACGGCGUGAGAACAUCAGGAUUCACGGAGUGGUUGAGGGGGCAGAAGAGGGAGCGACGUCUGUUAUUAACUUUGUCGAGUCAUUAUUAAGGAAAGGCCUCGGAAUCCCCCCGACCACCGCAUUUAACAUCGAACGGGCGCACCGUGCCCUGGGAGUAAAGCCACCCGUCGGGGCCCCUCCACGGUCCUUCGUGGUCAAGUUUGCAGGUUAUCGCAUAAAAGAGGACAUUCUCAGGCGAGCAUGGCAAGCGAGAGGCUUUGAUUUUCAAGGCAAGAAGGUUUUUUUGGACAAUGACUAUGCCCCCGAAAUACAAAAAAGGCGCAAGGAGUAUACCGCAGCCAAAGCGGCUCUCAGGGAGAAGAACAUACGCUUCCAGACGCCUUUCCCGGCCAGGCUGAGAGUGCAUUACAGCGAAGGCAUGGUUACGUACAACUCUGCACAGGAGGCGACCGAGGAUAUGGUGAAGAGAGGUUUGUCGGUAAACCUUGUCAAAGGCCACACUACGCUGUUGGAGCAGAUAAAACAACGGAUGUGGCAAUCGUACGGUAAAAAAGUGAAUAAAGGGGGCAUGGCCCAGAUGCCAAGUUUCAGAGAGAAGCUCCAGGCAUUCCGACGCCAGAGUGACGACACGGCAUAA